UAUUUCUGUUAUGUUAUACAAGUCCCAUAAGAUAAAGACAAUGGUUAAGGUAAAGAUGAGGAAGAUGGAAGCAAUAUUUCUGCUAGUUAUGAUUAGUAUUGCUAUGAGCAAGAGCUCUGUAAUUGCAUGUGGAAGUCCAUACUGUAGGCCUCCUGUUUAUAAACCUCCCACAGUUCCCAGUCCUAAUGUCCCCUAUAACCCACCUGGUGGAGGGAAGUGUCCUAUAGAUGCAUUGAAGCUUGGAGCCUGUGUUGAUUUACUCAACCACUUGGUACACAUAGGUAUUGGAGAUCCUGUGAUCAAUAAAUGCUGCCCACUAAUACAAGGAGUUGCAGAAUUAGAAGCAGCACUGUGUUUGUGCACAAUCAUUAGAGCUAAGCUUCUUAACCUUAAUAUCCUUCUUCCACUGGCUUUGCAGCUUUUUGUUCAGUGUGGCUUGACACCUCCUCCUGGCUUCACCUGCCCACCUCUUACUUGACUGGUAAUGUAUUUUAAUGUUAUUGUAAUGAAAACAUGAAAGGAUCUUUUGUUUGAUA